UGGAACUUUUAAACUGGAACACCGGAAAUCGGCUUUAGUGACCCGGAAGAUUUAAGUGUAACGGCGUUAAAAACAUUCUGUAAUUAUGUAUGGAGAAAGUGGACAUUAAACAUAUCCAGGCAGUUUUCUCUCACAGAAGCAUAUUGACUUUUAAGGAAGAAAAUAUCAUAAUAAUCUCUACCGACUUGGAACAAGCGUUGACCUGCUUGUGUCUGAUCUCAGGCCAAAAUCAUGGCUCACAUCACCAUAAAUCAGUACCUACAGCAGGUUUAUGAGGCAAUUGACAACCACGAAGGUCUGUUUUGUGCUGAACUUUUGUCCUUCAAACAUCCACAUGUGGCAAACCCACGGCUCCAGUUGGCAAGUCCAGAAGACAAAUGUCAACAGGUUCUGGAACCGCCAUACGAUGAGAUGGUUGCAGCCCAUCUCAGGUGCACCUACGCUGUGGCCAAUCACGACUUUGUGGAAGCAUACAAGUUCCAGACCCUUGUUGUUCAAUCUUUCCUAAGGGCCUUCCAGUCCCAUAAAGAAGAGAAUUGGGCUCUUCCUGUGAUGUUUGCUGUCACUUUGGACCUCAGAAUAUUUGCCAACAAUGCUGAGCAGCAGCUGCAGAAGAAAGGCAAAGGUCAGCCUGGAGAGAUGCUUGAGAAGGCAGCGGAGCAGCUGAUGAGCUGUUUUAGAGUGUGUGCCAGUGACAAUCGUGCAGGAAUUGAAGAUUCUAAAAAAUGGGGAAUGAUGUUCUUGAGUAACCAGCUCUUCAAGAUCUAUUUCAAGAUCAAUAAGCUGCACCUGUGUAAACCUCUGAUCAGAGCCAUCGACAGUUCCAACCUGAAAAACGACUACAGCUCUGCCCAACAGGUCACGUACAAGUACUAUGUAGGACGAAAGGCAAUGUUUGACAGUGACUUCAAACUAGCUGAGGACUUCCUGUCCUUUUCCUUUCAACACUGUCACCGCUCCAGUCAGAAGAACAAGAGGAUGAUCCUCAUCUACCUGCUGCCUGUCAAGAUGCUGCUGGGUCACAUGCCGGGUCAGGAGCUCCUUAGGAAGUAUGACCUGAUGCAGUUUGCUGACGUCACCAAAGCUGUGAGUGAAGGAAACCUGCUGCUGCUGAACGAAGCCCUGUCCAAACACGAGACAUUCUUCAUCCGUUGUGGAAUCUUCCUCAUCCUGGAGAAACUUAAAAUCAUCACCUACAGAAACCUUUACAAGAAAGUGUACUUGCUGCUCAGGACUCACCAGCUUCCUUUAGACGCCUUCCUGGUUGCACUGAAGAUGAUGCAUGUAGAGGAUGUGGACAUUGAUGAGGUGCAGUGUAUCCUGGCGAACCUCAUCUACAUGGGCCACAUUAAGGGAUACAUAUCCCAUCAACACCAGAAGCUCGUGGUCAGUAAACAGAAUCCAUUUCCUCCUCUCUCCUCUGUCUCCAUCUCCUGAGGCUCAACUCCUUACCCACAAUCCUCUCUGACCUGGAACACACAUGAACUUUUUUUUUUAUUAUUCCUCUAAAAAGGUUGAAUAAAACACAUUGUUUUGUACAAAGUUGAACCAAUUAUUUUUCAGAAAAGAAAAUAUUAAAUUUAGAGAAGUCACAAUAAUACCUUGCGUAUAAAAGUAUUGAAAUAAAAAGCUUUUAUUUCCAUUCCAGGAAGUAGAAUCAUGUUCUG